AUGGAGCUACAUAUCUCCAUCUUUGUCCUGCUGCUUCUUUCUGCAGCAAACAGCUCAAAUGGUGGAAAGAUUCUGGUGUGGUACACCGAUGGAAGCCACUGGAUCAACAUGAAGCCGUUCCUGGAGACGCUGGUGGACAGAGGACACCGGGUGACGGUUUUAGCGCCGAACACGUCGAUGUUCAUGAAGAGCAGCGAACCCUCUCGUUUCCAGUAUGAACCGUUCAACGUCUCCGUCUCACUGGAGGUGAAAAAGAGGCUUGUUGAGGAGUUCUUUCACUUUUCCAUGUAUGAGGUGGAUCACAUGACGUACGUUCAGAUUUACCACAGAUUCACUCAUUUUAUGAGGACACACGUGAGCUAUUUCCUUCAGUUCUUGGACAGCUUGGUGAAAUCAGAAACCCUGAUGAAAAAGCUAAAGGAAGGAAACUACGACCUGCUUUUUGCUGAUCCAGUCUACCCCGGCAGUGACCUGGCAGCAGAUAUUUUGGGGAUCCCUCUCGUCUAUUCAUUGCGGUUUUCCCUGGCUAAUAACUGGGAGAGGCUGUGCGGUCAGAUGCCUGCUCCACCGUCCUUUGUCCCCGGCGCUAUGAGCAAACUCACAGACAAGAUGGACUUCUCAGAGAGACUGUGGAACGUCCUCUUCUACACGCUACAGGACGUCAUAAUGCAAAACUUUGUAUGGAGAGAACUGGAUAAAUAUUACUCUGAAGUCAAAGGUACGUCUGUCAGUGCCUGUAAGAUGAUGGGAAAUGCUGACUUCUGGUUGAUGAGGACCUACUGGGAUUUUGAUUUUCCUCGUCCGUUCCUCCCCAACUUUAAAUUUGUUGGAGGGAUCCACUGCAGACCAGCUAAAGCUUUACCAAAGGAAAUGGAAACCUUUGUCCAAAGCUCUGGAGAUGCUGGGAUCGUGGUCUUCUCUUUGGGAUCCAUGGUCAAGAACCUGACCACAGAGAAAGCAAACACGAUAGCUUCAGCCCUCGCUCAGAUUCCACAAAAGGUACUGUGGAGUUACAGAGGAGAAAAACCCAAAAGUCUGGGUUCCAACACUAGAAUCUAUGACUGGAUUCCACAAAAUGACCUCCUGGGUCACCCUAAAACUAAAGCUUUCAUCACUCACGGGGGAACAAACGGGAUCUAUGAGGCCAUCAACCACGGCGUGCCCAUGGUGGGGAUCCCCAUGUUUGGUGACCAGCCUGACAACAUGGUGCACAUGGAGGCCAAAGGAGCUGCAGUCACACUGAAGCUAAACAAAAUGACAGCUGAGAGCCUGACAGACGCUGUCAAUACCGUCAUCAAUGACGUGUCCUACAAAGAAAACAUGAUGCGACUGUCCAGAAUCCACCACGACAGGCCCAUGAGUCCUCAGGAUGAAGCAGUUUUCUGGGUCGAGUUCACCAUGAGGAACAAAGGAGCAAAGCACCUGAGGGUCCAGGCCCACGAGCUCACCUGGUACCAGUAUCACAGCCUGGACGUCCUAACCUUCAUCCUCACGGCAGUCCUCCUCCUCAUCUUCAUGAUCAUCAAGACCUGCAGCUUUUGUUUUCAGAGAUGCUGUCGCAGAAAAACGGCAAAGAGAAAAGCAGAAUAA